AGAAAACUGGAUCUGCCUGGUAGUCGAGAUCAGAGGUUGUAAGACUGUCAACCAACAAAACCCUGGAUAGCAGAAGGAUCGGUGCAACUUAAGCAGAAGUAGACAUUAUCAGAAGAACUUAUUUUGCAUGGACAUGACGCUCUAUUUACGGAGAGGACCAACAACAUUACGUAAAAAAAGAAAGUUUGGAAAGUUGUUGCUAUUGCUUAUUGUUGCGGCUGGUUUAAUGGUCCUUUUCCCCUUCAGAAAUAUUAUCUAUCCAGAGAUUUACUUCGAUAUGAACACAUCAUCGCAAAGAUCCAAAGAGAUGGCAUUUGCACCCUUUGUCUCCCCUUCCAAUUACCACCAAGCCUCUGAAAAACGUCAACACAAAUGUGGCCUGCCAAAGAGUUGUCCUAUUGGGACAUUUGCUUUUAACAUAAGGAGCGGUGCUGCAAAUGCUAUCCCACCAAAAAUUUGCUUUAACGGGCAAAUCAUUCUCAGCAGUUCACUGAAAAAUGCAGAUGAUGGACUCAACAUUGCUGUCAUCAAUGCCCGAACAGGAGAACUCAUUCGAACAGGCACCUUUAACAUGUGGCAUGGCGAGGUUGAAAGCCUCAUACAAUUUCUGAAGGCUGUUGAAAAAGACACUCUUGUGCUGAUUGCAACAUAUGAUGAUGGAGCAACCAAGAUUACUGAUGAGGCCAGGGGACUUAUUGCUGAGCUUGGAAGUGCAUCUAUCAAUAAGUUAAAGUUUCGUGACAACUGGGUCUUUGCUGGAGGGAAGGGAAUCAGUGGAAGGAGUCCAUUUGAGAAGCACAUAGCAAACAACCGCACAAAUAACAAGUACGACAACUGGCCUGAGCUACUGGAGAUGACUGGGUGCUUUCCGCAGAAGAUGGACUGAUGUGUGUGAUCUUAGUGAGAAAAUUCUUCAUGAAUAAUGUGAUUGAAUAAUGUUGAAUGCUCAUGAACAUAGUGUUGGUCAUAGUUGAAAUAGAAAUGUACAAAUGUAGGCCUAUUCAAUUUAUGAACUUUGAGAAUUUAUAGGCCUAAAGGUCUGGUGUAUUCUUCACUAUUUAUAUUUUCGAUAUUUAAUUAUUGUUGGCAUAAUCUAUUCUUACUGGUAUCGUAUUGAGUUCCCUUGGAAUAGUUUUGCUUUCCCUAGCAAUACUUUACAUUUUUCUGAAUGCUUAAGCGCUAAUCUUGAUUCUUGUAGCACAAUUUCUAAAACUAUUAAUACGUAUAGCAAAACCACUCAAUGAGUUAGCAAAACUAAAAGCACAAACACUGCUUUGCACUCAAUUUGCAAUUUUGUAACACACACUUUUACACACAUUUAUCAUUAUUUACACUGUUUUACCAACUGUAUGGCGCACGGUGACAUCAUGAAAACUAUUUUAGAUAAUUAGUUCACUUUGCAAUCAGCCUAAGCAGUGUAAAUAAGGCACAGGUAAGAUGUACGUGUGGAGUACAAUGGAUUGAGCAGGAAGAGUGAGAAUUAGAGGAGGCCUAUAGGAAGAGGACGUGGAGGUGAAGAAGUAGGAGAAAGAGGAGGAGGAAGAGGACAAGGAGGUGAAGGAGUGAGAGGGAGAGGACGACAAGGACAAGGAGCCCGGUGCCUUGGACAGGAGGACAUUGCAUGCGAUGUAGAUUAAAUUUUGUGACCGUACCCAGAGAGAAAUCAUGAUGUAGACAGAUUUUUUUUUUUUUCUCUCAAAUUACUAUUUUGUGUUUUUGACUUUGUAUUUAUUUUGAUGUGUGAACACCAAUACUUGACGUUUGGGUCCCUGUAUGUUAACAGAACUAUGACAAAAGUAUGACCUCAAACUGACAUACUGUAGCCUACCUUGUGUACAGAGAAAGCAAAAGCUAGAUGUGUCUUGUAUUCAUGCCAUCAGUGUGUAGUUGAAACAUUGUGUGCUUAGUAAAUGAUGGCUUGUGUUUACAGUUUGAUACAGAAACACCAUUUUUACGAAGGUGUGGAGAGUUUAUCAAGCUGUGUUCGCUUUUGCAAGAGAACUACAAUGUUUUGAUAACUUGGCGAAAGGUUUUGUUAUUUGUGCUUAGAGUUUUGCAAAAAUAGCCAAUAGUUACAAAAAAAGUAAUACCAAUCAGAAAAAACGGUAAUGGAAUGCAAAAGUGAGGGAACGCAAACAGAUCUCUAAAAAUAUAUGUCCACCACUAAAAACAAUUCCCAUCAUGUCCCUUGGGUGGAUGCGUACUGUAUAUGUGUGAGAAUGAUUAAAUUAUUAUGUUUUAACACAAUGGCUAAAUUCAUUUGGACAAAAAGCCAUGUCAUGAUACAGUGCAACUGGAAAGUUUUCAGACCCUUCAGAAGAGGUUUUCCACAUUUUGUUAGGCUAUGUUUCAGACACAUCUUUAAACACAUUCAAGUAUUUUUUUUUCUCAUCAAUCUACACACAGUAUUCCAACUCUCCACAAAAAAAGCAGGUGUAUGAAGUGUUUUGUAAAUGUAUAAAGAAAAUAAAAGAAAUAUACA